AUGCAAGAAAAUAAACCAGAUCUGUUUGAAGUAUUGUUUUCUGCAUACACUAAACUACGAGUCAUUAACCUGUCUUACAAUCGACUUCCUAUGGUUCCUGCAAAAUUAUUCAAAAACUGUAAAAGUAUUGAAAUCAUUGAUCUCUCUUACAACAAGCUUGAGCAAUUACACCUCGAUCUAAUGAACUUACAGCAUCUCCGCGUUCUCGAUGUGAGCAAUAACAUGAUAAAGAUACCGGAUGAAGUGUCCAUCAAAGAUUUAAACGAAAUUCCAUGUGCAAAGUCAUUGAUGUCUGGAGAAAACCAAUGUUCAGUCGUUUUCACAUCAAACCCAAUCACAUGUUCAACCUGUGAUAGUAAGCCUUUCAUCGAAUGGCUUUCUAAUGCAAAGAAUGUCAACGCAAAAGCACAAAGUCUCUCUUGCACUAAUGAAGAUGGUUUGACUGUUAACAUUGACGGGUCAGUUACAAGUUAA